AUGGGGGCAGCGCUAGGUGGAUCAUGCGGAGGGAGAACCAAGGAGGUUGCUGGGAGCGAGUGCGACGGACCUCCUCCAGGUGAACAACCGCCCGAAUUGGACGCGUGGAUCGACCACAGCACCUGGCCAGGCUUACGCUCCAUCGUGACCGAGGCAUACCAAAUCUCAAGCCGCGAGCGCUGGUCCAAGUUCUUGGGUGCGGGUCUGCUGGACGCGGCUUCGGACGGCAACCUCGCGGGCGUCAGGCAGCUACUGGCCGCCGGGGCCCCCCUCCAUGCGCGUGACCUGGAAGGGCACACUCCGCUUCACCGCGCUUCGGUGGCGGGACACGCAGGCGUGGCUGAGCAGCUCCUCAGCAGCGGCGACGGCAGGGCACCACCCUUGGGUGGGGCAAGCCCAUCGUCCAGCGGGAUGGUGCCGGAGCCGCCUAGCCUCAAGUGGCAGGCCAGCAUGGAAGGGCCCGUGCUGGUGCCCUCCGUGUCUCUGGUAAAACGGACAACGCUGGAUGCUCGCGAUCACUCGGGCUCGUGCCCGAUACACCUUGCUGCGGCGUGCGGACACGCAGACGUCGUCCAGGUCCUGCUCCAGCAUGGCGCGGACGUCUCGGGCUCGAACGGCGUGGCGCAAAGCCCUCUCCACACAGCGGCGGCCGGACUGGACUCCGGAGACUGCGUGCGCCUCCUGCUGGGCGCGGGAGGGGACUUGAAGGCGAGAGACAGCGCCGGCAGAACGCCUCUGCACGUCGCUGCCUCCGCGGGGAACGCGAUGGUUGUAUCGAUCUUGGUGGACGGCGGCGCGGAACUGGAGGCCAGGGGGAACAUCAGCAACCGCACGCCUCUGCACGAGGCUUGCGCGAGCCUGAAUGCGGGGAGCGUUAAGCGGUUGCUGCAGCACGGAGCGGACGAGCGCGCGGUAGACAUCGAUGACCUCACGCCGGAGAACAUGGUUUGCGAGAGAAUGACCGAGGAGCAGAAGGCGGCAGAUCCUACAAUCGCUCCAGUUGGAGAAACCAUUUGCCGCAUGCUGGCCGAUGCACCCCAAGACAGGCUGUGGCGGCGUCGGCGACUGUUGCCGUUGUUGCAUUGGCGCCAGCCACCGCCCGCUUUCGACACGGGACCGGGUACAGCCGUUACCGUUGAUGCCGGGUCAGGUCAGUCCAUCUUCGAGCUUGUGGUGUGCGAGGAAGAGGGCAUCAUGCGCAACAUCGUGUCCUAUUUGUGACCCCGCGGCCUGGGAGGUGAGCGCGCGGGGUGCCGCCUCGGGCGUCGAUGGCACAAGUGUCCCGAUUUUGCGACCACCGAGAGGAGGGAUACGAUUUCAAACGUCUCGUGGCGUAGGCACUGCUGGGAGAAGCAGCGUGCCCAUCCUGACCGGGGUCCAACUCUGGUGCCCCAUGCAUUCUCUCUGUGUAUGUAUCCAAGGAGCAGCUGUGUGCAUGUGUCCCGCCUGUAUAUUCAUGUAGGGGUUGUAUUGUAGAUAUGGGGAAUGACGUCAAUAUUUUGAAGGAUAGGGUACAUAGACAUUGAACCUACAGUGGAACCAGCUCCUGCGCAAACACCAACUGGCGCACGGCGCACAGCGAAUGCAAAUCGAAACCUCUCUCUCUUAUCGAGAGCAGUAGGAAUGGCGACGGCUUCCGCACGGUAAUAUCUCUUCGAGCUUAAGAACCUACAAGUAUUGGCCGAGACUGGGGUUCCUACUUCCUCGAGAUUAUGUGACGAAUGACCGCUAUAUCGGUUUUAGCGUAGGGUUUAACCGAGCUCACAACAUGGUGCUCAGUUCUUGGGUUUCAAAGUCUUGGAGGCUAUAUCAAUUUCUUUACUGCCAAAUCCGUAAGUGCGGGCGCUAAGCUGUUUGUCCGCCCUUAGGGACGGAACCUAACGGGGGCUAAAAUAGGCUGUGCUAUGAGAUUGGUUUUAUGUUCGAAAUGUAUUCGUGCGUUUUUGCACCCUCCAGUUCUUGAUGGGGUGUGUGCUGCAGAAGUGCGUAAAGGGGGGAGUCUUAGAAAGCUCGGAUGCAGCAGGCAAAACAUCUCGGGGCACACCGAUGUUCUACGUCAUAAAUGUACCCGACGAGGCGAGUCACGGUCGUUGACUGAUCGCACGGCUUCCUUCGGUGUCCGGGCUGGAGAAGCGAAGGAAAUGCCUAUUUCUCCCUUGAAGUGGGGCGAUACAAGAGCCUGGAUUUUGGGUAGGACGAUACCAGUUUCCCACCCUCAGUUCAAAAUCAUGACCGACCUCCCGUGUCUAUGUGCUGUGCCUUCAUCAACCUACUUUGGUUUUCGGAAAUGGAGACGCACAUGGAUGCGGAGUUUUAGAUAAAGUU